UUCAUGAUACAUUUAGAAAUAUAAAGGGUUAGUCAAGGCAUGAAGAAGGAGUGAAAGAGGGACUAUCUGAAGAUGCAAAGAAAUUUUUUAGAUUGGUUGAUGAGGGAAAACAAGAGUUAUAUCCUGGGUGUGAAAAUUUUACUAAACUAAGUUUCACCAUUCGGCUAUACUUGCCUAAAUCCUUGCAUGGGUGGAGUAAUGUAGCAUUUUCAGACAUGCUGGACUUGAUAAAAGAGGCAUUUCCCUUUGCUCAACUACCAGAGUCGGUUAACAAGGCUAUAAACAUGAUAAGAGAUUUGGGUCUUCAUUAUGAAAAAAUACAUGCAUGCCCUAAUGAUUGCAUGCUAGUUUGGAAUGACAAUGCGAAGGCUGAUACUUGUUCUGUUUGUGGGACUUCAAGAUUGCAUGCUAUAAGUGUUGGUUGAAGAAAAACUACUAUGAAGCCUAUGCCAAUGACGAACUUCGAAUGGAAAAAAAGCCUUCCUAUGUUUCAGAAUCUGAGUUUAAGUACCUUCUUGAAUACUGGAAGUCUGAUAAAGCUCAGGUAAGUUAUAGACACAGUAAACUUGAUUUUGGACAAAGAGAAUGAGUAAUUCUUUUGAAGUUCAUUCCCCGUCUUGUCUUUGUGUCCAACACUUUUUAGAUUAUCAAAAUGCACAAGGCAGGAAUGUAUUAGAUGUUUAACAUAAAAGCUUACUUGUUGCAGCAAACUUCGAAAACUAAUAAUGAGAAUCGAAAAAAGUUAAAGAAUUCACACACUGCUGGCAAAACAAGUUUUGCCACAAUCCGCGAGAAAAAAAAAGAAGGAAACUUCUGAGGAACCAUCAAGUAAGGACAUGUUUGUGGCUACGAGAUCAAGAAAACCCGGUCGAGUAUACAAGGAAUCAUAUGAAGAUACAAUGCGCAAAAUUGCUGAAAUGGAGCAAAUACAAACUCAAGAAAGUGAAGAUGAUAACCAAUCAAUUGAUGCAUUUGCAACAGUCAUGGGACCUGAAUAUCCAGGUCGUGUAAGAUUGUAUGGUCGUGGGGUUACAAAGACUAUCUUGAAACAAAAAUCUGGAAAUUCUGGACCCUCUUCAAAGACUACUGAUGAGAUAAUGGAGCAAAAAAUGAAGGAAAUGGAAGAGAGAAUGCAACAAAGGAUGCAGAAAAACUUCGAGGAACAACAGGAAACUUGGCAGCAACAAAUUACACUUAAUGUUGUUGCACAACUUCAGCAUAUUAACCCAGAUUUACGAAUUGAUCCUAAUAUGCUAGCAUUCGGUGGUCGUUCACUCGGAGAAGCUUCCUCUGCACAACAAGUUGCAAUUCAACUAAUCAAUCGUCCAUCUACUGGCAGUACUAAUCAAGACCAACAUCUGCUUGGAAAUGCCACCAGUCCAACAUGCCAUGUACAGACUUUAGAAGAAGACAACAGGCCACCCACAUCCAAUGCAUUGCAGACAGUUCUUGUGGCCACUCAUAAGCAGCAACAAAGAAAAUGAGAUGGAGAAAAUGAAGAAAGGGAAGAUUAAAGGAAUGAAGAUCCUGCUUAAGAAGAUUUUUGGAUUGUUGCUGAAACUCUAAAUGUUCUAGGAAUCUUUUGUUAUCAAACAUUUUGAAACUUCUUUAACUUUUGGAUUGUAAAACUUAUGUACUUGGUUCUUAACUUUUGGAUUAUUAAACUUAUGUACAUGGGUUCUAAUAUUUUGCUUUUAUGGA